AUGGAUGACCUCGUGGAUAUACCCAAGCAAGUCUUCAGCGCCUCACGCAAAGUCAUGCCGCUGGCCACUGGAAAAAAUGAAGACGGCAGUGAAUACCAUGCACCGUUGUCGUACCGACCAUCGCCGAAUCAAAGGCAGGAAAACCAUCUAUACCAUCAAGAACAAGGAGCUACUCCCUACGGCCCCGACAUCCUUCAGAAUCAAACAAAUCUCGGACAAUAUCUAAAAGGCAAGCCCUGGAAUGAUCGCCGUGAUAAACGGAGGAAUCUCCAGUGUGGAAAGAAACGAGGAGAUGGAUAUUGA